AAUUCGUAAGUUGUUGGAGAAUUCUCCGCUGGAAAUAGAAUAUUGAAAGUAACAGAAAAAAAAGUUUCAAAAAGUUCUAGACCCAGUGUACCAUGGUCCCACAGGAACCCCAGUGUUGACGAUGGGAAACAAGAUGGCGGCCGCCGCGGCAAAGCUGUCUGGCGCAGCAAGCAAUCUGACUCCCAUCCCUCACAUAGAACAGCUUUCACCCAGGGUAAUCAGAUUGCUAGGAUGCAACCCUGGGCCUUUUACCUUGCUGGGUACUAAUACAUACAUUAUUGGAACGGGAAAAAGGCGGAUUCUAGUUGAUACUGGAGACAAAGGAGUCACUGAAUACAUCACCAAUUUGAAGGAGAUACUAUCAGCAUACAGUAUUAGCAUACAAGAGAUCUUCAUAACACAUUGGCAUCAUGACCAUGUCGGAGGCAUACCCGACGUUCUCCAUGCACUUGGAGAGGAUGGUAAAAACAUGAUCAUUUCCAAGUUUCCAAGAGCUGGCUUCAAUGAAAAUAUAAAAGACCAUGCUGCUGGCUACACCUUUAUACCCGAUGGCCAUGUGAUGAGGACAGAGGGCGCAACACUACGAUGCUUACACACACCCGGCCAUACUACUGACCAUAUUGCUUUGUAUUUAGAAGAAGAGGAAGUUGUCUUUUCUGGGGACUGUAUUUUGGGAGAAGGAACAACGGUAUUUGAAGAUCUCUAUGAUUAUAUGAAGUCCUUGGACGCACUGCUCAAUCUUAAGCCUAAAGUUAUCUACCCCGGCCAUGGACCUGUUAUCCCAAACCCAAUAGAAAAGAUCAAGGAAUAUAUCAACCACAGAAACAUGAGAGAGCUCCAGAUCUUAGAGGCUUUAAUGAAUAAUAACGGGGUACCGAUGUCCUCAAUGGACCUAGUGAAGAACAUUUAUACGGAUAUUUCAUUCCUGUUGCGCAAAGCUGCUGAACAGAAUGUGAAUCAUCACCUUAGCAAACUAGAAAAGGAAGGGAAAAUAGUUGCAGUAGGAGAGGGGAGCAGAGUUAAGUGGAAGAGCUCUCUAUAGUACAUGGAAAAAAACAAGCUGGCUUGAUGGGAGGUACUUUAGUCCUGUAAAAAAAAGGAAUAUAUGGAACAUGAAACCCAUGGAAAGGUUACAUCUUAACAUCAUGGGUUUGUGUGUGGAUCUGAAAUUGCUUUGGUUAGAUUGUGUGUAAUUCAGGUUAGAAUCAUGAAUAAUAACUCAAGAUCAUAAAUGGACAUUAAAUGGUCUAAUAGAAGUGUCUAAUAGACCAGGCUACAUCAGAAGGGAAUAAACAGCCUAAACCCUGACAGUUGGCUAUGUAUGAGACAAAAGAGGCUUGGGAGAGCAAGCUCAGAACACUUACCAAUGACAGGUAGCCUGAUAAGAAUGCUGGGUAAAAUAACUUGGACUAAGCUAGGUCAUCAAGUUAAAAUCGAAUAAACCAAUGAAAGAGAAUAUUUAACAAGCAGUUUAUAAAUAAGGUUAAUUUUAUUACCUGUCAUUUUUGUUUUUUCUAACACAUGAAAUUCCUGCAGUUUUCAAUAUUCAGCAAAAUCUUCUAACAGCUAAAAAUUUAUUCUGGCUUCUGUCAUUUCAAAUUCUGGAAGUGGAUUUAUUGGCUAACACUGAUAGAAAUGGUUUCCAAUCAUGCCAAUUCUUAAGGAGCUGAUCAAUAAAAAAACACCCAGUGUGAUUCUAUUUAAAUUAUGGUAUCCAUGCAGAAAGCAGUUUUAGUAGCUGGAAAUGGUUGACAAGAGUUUCCAGAAUUUUGAAAACUGGUAGUAACUAAGUAACUUAGACUUACCACCCUUGCAUUAUACUUUUUAAUAAGUCUUUUUCCCAGACAUCUGUAAGUUUUUAUAAUAAGCCUCUGUAAAAUUAUAAUAAACACUUUCACUAGCCAUGAAAA